GCCAGCCAUUGACCGUUUCAUAUAUACCCUUGUGGACACGCAAGCAAACACAAACAAAUAAACAAUCAUAUAAAUAUAUAAUAAAUUUUAGCAUUGUAUCCAUAUGUAUAACGCUAGCUUUCACUUUCACAUACUAACCAAUAUCUCCCUUACCUUCAAGAAUCAUGCAAAAGAGACACCAGAGCAGUAUCAAUAUCAUUGGCCCUCAGUAUCGCAUACCACAUUUUGUAGACCUAGCGAUUGUGAGAAAGGUGACGACAUUAACAGAUAACUUCACAGUCACAGACAUUAAUGGCAAAAUCUUUUUUAAUCUUAAGCCGGCCUCUCUCGUUUUGCUCUAUGAUCACCGUCUCUUACUUGACGCCGCCGGAAAAACCGUCGGCUUGACACUACAACGAAAGGUAAAGACUCGACAUGAUCGAUGGGAAGCAUUUCGAGUGUAUGAUGUUGGGGGAGUGAUGAUUACCAUGGAUUCUAUACGAAGUGGCAAUAGCAUCAUGGAACAUGGUUGCAGCAAUUAAGUGCUCACAUUUAUUCUUGGUAUGAAAGAUUCAAUGAAUAAAUAAAAUGGUUAUUCAUCUGCUUCAAAAGGCUUAUAUGGAACACAAUGCAUUGGCUUGUAUGGAUAAAUAAAACAAAAAUUAAAUAUGCUACUUCAUAUGUCUUUCUUUUUAUUUUUUGCAACUCAUAUUUCUGUUUUUUUUAGUACUCUAUCUUUAUGGCUUAUAUUAUGUCAUAUUUUUUGUCAAAAUAUGUUUAUGUUUAAUAUCCCUCAAAUAUAGGGAUUCGGUUAGGUUAUAUAGGAGUACUAGUAGGGAUUUAGUUAUAUAUGAGUACUUAUAGGGAUUUAGUUAU